UUGACGAAAGAAAAAAAAAAAAAAAAAAGAAGUACAUAUAUCUUGAAGUAUAAUUGCAUAGGGUGGUUAUUAUUGAGUGUAUGUAUGUAUGUGUAUAAUUUGUAAUUGUAUGACUGCAUAUUAAAUAUUUUGUCAAAGUGUUUUACGGAAAUAUCGUCAAAAUUCCGGUCCCUACUAGGAAACGAGAAGGCGCCCAGCGUACUGGUGGCGAUAAAAUAUAUACGCGAUUUGGUGAUCAAGAUUUAUCGUCAACAAGCAGAAUGAAUAACAAGAGAAAGGGUCGUUCAAAUUCAACCAGAUCUUCAAGGCCACGACCUGCUCAUGAUAAACCCCAAGUUCCAGAGGGUAUUUAUAAUAAUGCUUAUUUUAUGCAUGCAGCAACAAACCUUGUUGGCAAUUCAGUACAGGUAACAACACAAAAUGGUUCAUUGUAUGAGGGAAUAUUUCGUACAUUUUCAAGUCAAUUUGAGAUUGUCUUGGAGAUUGCUCAUCGUGUUGAUAGUACUGGUAAAAUUCCAGUUGAUAGUAUUGUUGAAAAAUUAAUAUUUAAACCACAUGAUGUUAUUGAAAUAAAAGCAAUUGAUGUUGAUCUUGCAUAUGCAACAAAAGAUACAUUUCAAACAGAUACAGCUAUUAGUAAAUUUAAUGGUAUUGUUGGUGAAAAAGAAUUGGAACCAUGGGAUGCACCAUCAUCAACAAAUGGUAUUGAAUUUGAUUUAGAUGGUACAGUUAAUGGAUGGGAUCCACAAGAAAUGUUUAAAAGAAAUGAACAAAUAUAUGGUGUACAAUCAACAUUUGAACCUUCAUUAGUUGGUUAUACAUUACAAUUACAACGUAAAGAUACUAAAGAAUUUAAAGAUCAAGAACAAAAAGCUGCUGAAAUUGCUAGUGAAAUUGAAUCACAACCAACUUUUAAAACACGUGCUGAUCUUGAAAAUGGUGAUGAAGAAGAACGUUUUGCUGCUGUAUCAAGACCAAUUAAUGAAGGUAAAUAUGUACCACCAAAUAAAAGAAAUAAUCUUAAUACUGGUAAAUUAACAAGAUCAACACCACCACCACCAUCAACACCAUCACAAAGUCCAGUUACUGCCACUACUACAACUACUGCUACUAAUAAAAAUGCAUUUAAUCAACAACAACAACAACAGCAACCACCACCACUACUGCCAUCAUCUUCUUCAUCAUCAUCAUCGUCAUCAACAUCAUCGUCUUCAUCAAUGUCAGUGACAUCAACAAAUAUAAUUUCACCACAACCAAGCAAUAUUCCUGUUGGUCCAAUACAAAAUCAUCCACCAGUUGUUACACAUCCAGUAUCAAUGCCACCAAGUGGUGUUAUUCCUCAAUACAAUACACCACCACCAUUUGUGCCACCACCAACAACAAGUCAACCACCACCACCACUACCUACUAUAAUACCAGCAAUAAUACCACAACAACAACAACAACAAGUACAACAGCAGCAGCUGCCACAACAACAACAACAACAAGUUGGCUUUUCAUCUCAACAAUCACAACAACCAAUAGUAAAUAAAUUGAGCCUAGAUAAACGUGAACGUUCUGGACGACAAGGCUAUCAAGGUGAUAAAGCACCACCAGCACCAUUCUCACAAUCAAAUAUUGCUGUUACCCCCCAACAACAACAGCAACAACAGACACAUGUAUCAUUACAACAACAAAAUUCACUUGAUAAUCAACGUGCUGACAUGAUAGCUUCAAAAAAUGAUCAUAGAAAAAUACCAUCAUCAAGAAGUCGUGAUGAACAACAUUCUGAUUUACGUCAAUUUGCAUCAGAAUUUAAAUUGGAAUCAAGUAAUCAAGAUACAUCAUCAAUACCGAGAAAACAACAUCAUCAAGAUUUAUCACAAUCUCAUCAUUCAACAUCAGUACAUCAAGGACAAAAUGAACAACAACAACAACAACAACAACAUCAAACACAAAAUGAACCAGUUGUUACAAAUAAACCACCAACUGGACCAAUAACUGUUCGUGCAAAUACACCACCACAACAAGCUCAAAGACAAACAACACCACCAAUGCAACAAAAACAACAACAGCAACAACGAAAUGCUCUUGCUGAAGCUGCUCUUGCAGACGCCUUAAAACAUUCAACACUCAAUCCAAAUGCUAAAGAAUUUAAUCCAAAUGCCAAGCCAUUUACUCCACGUUCUCCAAGUACACCAACACCAAGUAGACCCCUUACACCUCAAACACCUCAAUAUUCUGGAGCACCAAUGCCAACAACAGUUGUCAUGGGACAAACAUACGUUAUGGCAAAUCCACCACCAUCAUUUUCACAAGGACAGCCACAACCAGUCGCAAGGUUCCGAAAGGGAGCCCAACCUUUUUUAGUUUUGCCGCAUCAUCAUCGUGCACCAGAUAUUGCAUCACAAAUACAAGUUGCAGCAGCAACUGGUCAACCAUUGCUUGCACCAGGACCACUUCAUCCAUCUUUCCAGGUACCUUAUCCAGGCCAACCAGCUUAUCAGCAAAUGGUUAGAAUGGUUCAAACAGCACCACCACCACCACCACAUGGAAUGCCAAAUCCAUAUCAUCAUCAUCAUCAUCAUCAUGAUACACAAGGACAACAAAAUCCUGGUAUACAAUAUAUGACACAACAUGGUAAUCCACAUCAUGUUACUCAUCAACAACAACAACAACAACAGCAACAACAACAGCAGCAACAACAACAACAACAACAGCCAAGUCAAGCACAAUCACCAGCAAAUCAUCAACAACAUACACCAGGUUCAUAUAAUCAACCAGGUACACCACAACAGUCAUAUCAACAACCACCACCACAAGGACAUCCACAAAGUCCAUAUCCAUUGAUGAUGCCAAUGUUGGCACCACCAAAUAUUGCAUUACAACAAGGACCAACUCAUACACAUGCACAUAUGCAAUAUACAUUGGCACAACCGCCACCCGGUGCUCAACCAAUUAUACCCGUUAUGCCUCACAAUCAGUAGCCGAGACGAAAAUCGAGAAGAUAGAAUCGUUAAAUAGUUAUUUUUCUCAUUGUUUAUAUUAUUAAUUAUUAAUUAUUAUUUUAAUAUUAUUAUUACUAUUAUUAUUUACUUGAGAAAAAUAGUUAUUAUAAAUUUAAUAAUUAUUAACGAUUGAAUUAUUGUAAUUGACCUUAUUGAUUGAGGAGCCAGCGAAAAAUUAAUCCGUAUUUAUUAUCAAAUCUUUUCUUUUCUUCUUCUUCUUCUUCUUUUCUUUUUUACUAGCAUUUAUCUGCCAGUAGUACUGAAAUGGUCUUAAUAUAUAUAUAUCUCUAUUCAAUUUUUUUUUAUUUUUUAUUGUCUUGUGUCUUGUCUUUUUUUUUCUUUUGUAUUUAUUGUUGCUAGAUGCUCCAAUGAUACACAUGUUUAUUUGUUAGUUUUUUUUUUUUUUUUUUAACUAUAUUAAAAGCAGCUUGAUGUUGCUUAAUUAUUAUGAUUAUUAUUAUAUUAUUAUAAUUUGUUUUCUUCCAAUGAUUAUAAUAGCUACCUCUUAAUUAUUUUCUGAUGGAAAAAUUAAUAAUUGAGGAGUUUUUAUAUUUGGUAAUAUAAAAAAUUAAAUAUUUUCGAUAAUAAAUUCGCAAGCUCCUCAAAUAAAAAGAUUUAAAAAAAUAAUUAAACGAAUCUAUACUCUCGAUUUUAUUGGGACGAUUUGUUUUAUCGUUCAGUUGUCAAUCAGGCACUACUGUUUGUGCGAGCCUUACAUGCAAUUUAUUACUAUUGCACAUGGGACAUUACUCAAACUACUUGAUUUAUUACCAACAAAACUGUAUAACAACAAAGUUUUUUUUUUUUUUUUUAAAUCAUCUCUUAGCAGAUGUGUUUUUUUUUUUUUUUUUUUUAAAUUAUCAUCGCUUGUUACUGAUAAUUAGACGUAAAAAAAAAAAAAAAAAAAAAAGUUGUCAUACAUUUUGAUGGGUUUUAAUAUGAGAGAUCAGUUGAGCAUCUUUGGCGGUUAUACCAACAACAACAUUUAUAUUUUCCCCUUUAUACAACACUAUUUAACUCGAAGAAAAAAAAAAAAUUUAUUAUUUUUACCAUAAUAAUUAUCGUUUUAGAAAUAAUUGCGUUAAAAUUUUAACAAUAAUCCGUUACUGAAUUAUAAAACAAGUAGUUAUCAGGUUCCUUGAAGUAGGCCGUUUAUAAAAUCCAUUAAAAAUAUAAAUAAACAUAAAAAGAUAAUUAUAUUAUAAGAAAUUAAAAAAGAAAAAUAAAUAAGACGAAAGGCAAAGAAAAGAUAGAUUGAUGAAUGGAGAAUUUUGUAAUCAAUUGAACAAUGUGUUCGAAUUUUAUAACGUAAAAAAAAAAAAGAAACUAACACGAGUAUUAUUGAUGAGAUCACCAUCAAUUGAUUGUUCAAAGUUUAUUAUGAGAUGACAGUAAUAAUGAGCAAGUUUAGGAGAGCUCAAUGAGUGCUUAAUAUUUAUUUUCCUGUACGAGAGCUCUCAAUUGACAUGAUUGUUGUGAAAAAAAAAAACAUUGUCAUUUUUAAAUUAGUAAUAAUGAUAUUUUGACUCGAUGAAAAAAUACUGCUGAUUGUUGAUAUUGUAAAAAAAUUUUUUUCCCUUUUUUUUUUUUUUUUACAAGAUGUGGGAUAAAAAAUAAAAAAAAAAAAAUAAUGAGGUGCGAUAAUCCAUGGGCUAUAGAACUAUUAAAAAAUAAUAGUAAACAAAAAAAAAAUACACAAACUUUAUUUAAAAAAAAAAAAAUGUAACAAUUUAUUUUGUGAAAAUUAAAUUUUCACAUGAUAAAUUGAUUAAUUAAUUAUAAAAAAUAAAGUCUUAAUUGAAUUUCGAAAUAAUGAAGAGUGAGUGGAAAUAACAAGGGUGGUUUAAAAAAAAAAAAAGAUGGCAUUUUAGAUAGAUGUUAAAUCAAAAUGAUAAAUAAAUAAAUGAAAUUAAACGCUAAAAAAAAAAAAUGUUGUU